AUGAAUUUAAAGAGGCCAUUCUUUCCCAAAAGAACUCACAAGACCGGGAACGACCCCCAUCUCAAUCGACAUCGGCCGCCCAACCCAACUCAGUCGACCCAGCUGUCGAACGUGAACGUAAGGAACUCCGUGAGCGCGCUCAAAAAUCCAAGGCCGAACGUAUCGGUCUGUGAUUCACAUCUAUCAUCCAUUCGGUCUAAUCUGGCGAUGAUAAAGUCAACCUGGGCGGUUUGGAAUCUAGAGAAAACACUCAACUGCACUGUACGUGUACUUAUAUCGGCGAAAUAG